AAGGCACAAAUCAAUCUAAGUCAGGCAAGAAUAUUCUAAAUCCCCAUGGCCCGUGCGACAAUCCGAAUUAGCGUUUCUGUAUCGAACCUCUAUCAAGAAAUUGACCUCACCAGUGCGCUGAACCCCGAUUGUAAGCAAUUUUGGCACAAUUCAAGAAUGUCGAAUACCGAGCAAAGGCCAUUUGUGCCUUCAAAGAAAAUCAAUACCGAAUACCCUGUAAGUCCUCAUCACACCACCACUUGCAUUUUAGGCAAGAAGUCCACCAGCUAACAGCCACUCAGCUCAUCGACAGUGACCCGUACGUUUCUGGACCCCGCCCGCAGUGUGAGAGGAGGGGCAAAAUGCUGAUACGUAUCUUACAGACAUAUCAAACGAGUAUUUGGCUAUGCACGGCCAUCGGACUAUGCGGUCGGAGCAGCAACGGCUACCGCAGGACCAGGUUUGAUGUUAUUAUGGGAACGAAUUUCACCUUCUCUGGUUGGAAAAGGAGGAUUUGCUCCUAUCAUGCGGCUGUCGGGAGUUAUUGGUGUUGGUGCUGGGUUCUUCAUGUUUUAUCAACGUUCUAUCCGUAUGUCUUUGGAUUAAUUUCUCGUCCCCGCUCCAUUCCACGCCUUUCCCUAAAUCCUUCCCGAUACGUGCUAAUUUAGCAUGAUAGUGCGCUUCUACGGCUUCACGGAAAACAAGCGUGAGCAAGAAAUGGACAUGAGAGAAAUGGUUAGCAAGGUUAAGAAGGGGGAGUCUUUAUAUGGUGAAAGCACCACUACACCAUACAUUCAAGGUGUCGCAUCGAGGAACUCGAGAUACGCAGGAGUCUGGAUGCAUGUGAUGCCUUGGUUCAACUUGGUAAAUCACAACCAGCACGGAGUGGAUACAUCCAAGUACUACCAACAGGCCGAGAGAGAGUUGGAGGCUGAGAGAUCGGGAAAGAGUUUGACGAGCUAGAAGAACGAAGAGUGAUGAGGGGCUCCUAGGGAAAACCUGCGGGGUGGAGAAACCCAAGAGAUUGAAGAGGACAACUGUAAAUAGGGAGACUGGAAUCAUGCGCUUGACUUUUGGCUACGGUAUGAGUUAUGAUGACCUUGUGAGUAGUGUUUAUGAUGUUUAUACAUUGGCAUCUUUCC